UUGUACUUUUCCUUUUUUGGUGCCUUUUUGGCCGCGCUACACAGCAAAGAAAAAAUUUAAUAAUGAUCAGUGCGUUAAUUUCAAGACUUGUCAUACUAUCUUUUGGUACUCUAUAUCCGGCUUACGCUUCUUACAAGGCUGUGCGCACCAAAAAUGUGAAGGAAUAUGUCGAAUGGAUGAUGUACUGGAUUGUAUAUGCGUUCUUCACAUGUUGUGAGACAUUUACAGACAUAUUUCUAUCAUGGUUUCCAUUUUAUUAUGAAGUUAAGGUUGUCAUUGUGCUCUGGCUGUUGUCUCCUGCCACCAAAGGAAGUUCAACAUUGUAUAGAAAAUUUGUACAUCCUAUGUUAACAAGGCGUGAGCAGGAAAUUGAUGAAUAUAUCAGUCAGGCGAAAGAACGCGGUUAUUCUGCUGUGCUACAAUUAGGUUCUAAAGGUGUUAAUUAUGCAACGAAUGUUAUCAUGCAGACGGCAAUCAAGACCUUUGAAUAUGGUUUAAGGGCUGGCACUCACCAGCAUCAAACACGUAUGGUGACUUUGUCUCGACCAGAUGAUGCUAUUUAUUCGAAUCAUGAGAAUGUACGGUGUAAUGAAAUUGAUGCAAUAGGCCAACAAUCUUAUAGUGUGACAAGAUUGAGUCUUAUGGAAUCGAUACAAAAGGAUUUUUCCGAAGACGAUGAUUUCCAAUUUAAUGGCGAACUAUUUGAGUAUAAACCUGCUGCUGAUGAAGAAAUUAGUGGUGCUGCGCGCAUACGUGAACUGCCUUUCAGAAAGACUAAAUUCAGAAACGCCCAAAGCAAAGUGAAGUAUAUUGGUACAAAAAAAACGGAAACUGGCGAUAAGCGAAGGCGCAGAAAAUUGCUUAAACAACCUUUGGAUGAGGAUGUGGAUGUUGAAUAAUACAUAAAACCUUAACUUAAAUGAAUAAAAACAAAAACAUUGCCGUUAAUAUUUUCCUAAUUUAAAUUUUCUUCUCUGUGUAAUACGACAAUAUCUUGCAACCUCUUUGCCCUAGUUACUAAGUGAAAGGGAUUUCUCUUUUCCAAUAUUUUCCCUCUUGUAACUGCUUUAACGUUUUAAAAAUUUUUAACGACAAGAUGUGUAUGUACACAAUUAUGCCAAACUUAAAUUAAAUUAAGUUCAUAA